UACGAAUCCAAUUGAUUUGUUCUUCCAAUCUGUUGGGGCAUACAUUAUUAUCAGGUACAUCACAGAGAGGACCCAGGUACUAAGUAAGUACUGUACAUCUACGUGCAUUAUUUAUCGCUAUGUAUCGCGCUCUCCGCCUCCAGCCUAGAAUCCUGGUCUCACCCAGACCAGUGCCGUGGGCGCUUACAAAACAACCUCCUGGAUCUCAGAUCUGUCGCAGUCCCUUCAAGCCGAGGUUGUUUAAUUCCGCUUUAGUGCUGCGUUCAACGGAUUUGCCUGGGUCAUCAAGUAGCAGAAGCACAAGAUCCUAAAGCUAAGGCUUCUCCGUCUCGUCUCCGCCGAUUCGUAGGAGCGUCAUUGAUUGCGAUUAUCGCUUUCGCCGCUGGCCUUCUUUUCCAAACACAACGGACCAUCUCCCGAAUCAUGGCUGCCCCAACAUCUGUCAAUGAGGAAGCCAUUAUUGUUCCCAACGGAACAGAUGAGCACGUUUUGGAAGUGGAAAAUUUCAUCUACAGCCAUCCCAUAGCCACCUCUCUGCGUGAGAACCCCGACUUCACUGAAACCCGCCAGCAUUUGGCGGUUCCGGCAGGACUCCGCCCGCGGACCUUGACAUCCGGCACACUAGCCGGUCCGGGGAGGAUUGUUGUCCCGCCUCUGAUGUUCCAUGAGACGGGUGGGAAGAGCCUAGUCUCGAUCUUCUACCUUGGCUCCGACGUGUGCGGACACCCUGGUAUCGUGCACGGAGGUCUACUGGCCACCCUUCUGGAUGAGGGUUUGGCGAGAUGUUGCUUCCCUGCUCUGCCGAAUAAGGCUGCCGUCACGGCAAACUUGAAUAUCGAUUACCGACGACCAGCUAUGGCUGAGUCCUAUUUUGUCCUGAGGGCAGAAACUGUCAAGGUUGAGGGCCGUAAGGCCUGGGUUGAGGGUCGCAUUGAGACUCUUCCUGAGGAGGGGAUGGAGCCUGUCGUGCUUGUUGAGGCGAAGGCAUUGUUUAUUGAGCCGAAGCAAGCAGCAGUGAGUUUUUGUCCCUGUAUCCCAUUCUUGGAUCGAGAAAUAAAUGUGAGCUGACUUUUUUGUUUACUCUUUCAAGACAUUGUCCAAGCUCUACAAGCCUGAGUUAAUGUAGACUUUCUCCCGGUUGUUAUCUGGGUGGAGAUUUUGUUAUAUACGUUUCUGCUUUCUAGCCUGGCGCUAAGGAGGAUAGAGAUUUCUUUCUUUUUGGGUUUGACAACGCCCUAGACAUUACUCUAUAACUAUAGGGAGGACUUGUUAUUAUUCUAUAGACAAUGUGUCAAUAUCAUGGUCGAUGUGGAGAAAGGUCAUACUGAAGCUGAUCCCUGAAGACUGCUGCUUCCUGCAACGGAGAAUCCAGGGG